CUACUUUACCUCCACAGAAGCAGUUGGCAGAGAAGCCUGUGAGUUGAGGUCUGUUUGUGGGAAGCUGAGUGAGUGCUGAGGAGGGACAGGGAGAGGGCAGAUCCACACAGAGGUUUUUAAAAAGGAUUUUUAUUUUUCUCAGAUCACCAGUCAUCUGAUAAAAGGACCUAUGUGGCCUGGAAAGUUUGUGGGCUAAACUCACAUAUUGUACCAAAACCCCUUUUUUAAAAGGAUAUGAAUCAAGGUCAGUGUUUUUGAGACCCGGAUCAAAUUUGGAGGCAAAGGAGAGAGUUGGGGACGCACACCUGCUGUGAAGAGAUAGGAACGGAGGCAGUCUGUCCAUCAACACUUUGACUGUCUUGAACAUAGCACAACGCAACACAGCCGGUUUGGCUGUACUGGACUGAACCUUCAUUCCUCAGGUGGUACAUUUCUGUAGCAUUUGACGUCAGCAACGACUCGCUCAAUUCCAAGAAAGUGUCCUUUUUCAUCUGAAACUAAGACUGGCUGCCAUCAUCAGUUUCACACCACCCAACUCAAGAACUGUUCACACUGUUAAUUAAAAUAUCUUAAUAUUUACAUCUGCUAAGACAGGAGUCAACACAUAGCUGCAAAGUAGACCCCACCCAGCAAGGAAUGAGUUCACUCACCUCAUCCGAGCAGCUCUGGAUAUGAAAACUCAGGCAAAACAAAGAUGGUUCAGAGAACUCUGGGAUAUACAAUUAUCAAAUACAAACAAUUCAAAUAACCACAAAAUAAUCCUCUUGCUAUGUUCUGGUGGAUUAUCAUCUGGUAAGGAAGGAUGUCGCCACAGAAUCUGAUAGAUAAGGAUAUCAAGUCCAAUAUCAGUGCUCAAUGUGUGCUGCAAAAGUCACCAGACUUUUUAACAGUUAGCUUCCUACACUCAUUAGAAACAAGCGUAGGGUGAAUAACUCCAUUUUGAUUUCCCAGCUAUCAGGAACUGCCUGGACAGCUGGUACUUAUUUAUUUUGUUUAUUUGAUUUAUUUCAAAAACAGUUUAAACAAGACCAUUUAAAACAACUCCACUGUUUUGAUGCAUUACAAAGUACUGGUUGUACUUGGUUAGGCAUCAUUUAAUAUCAAAUCUAUUUGGGAUUAAUCUAAGAUUAUUACCAGCGACAAAGCAACCAAGAAGAUUAAUCCAAUAUCAUUACAAGUGAUUAAAACAACUAUUAAAAAAAAAAAAAAACUAGCAACAAGACUUACAGAUUCAGACUGUUAUUUCACUGUGUAUGUUGCUAAAUCUUUGUGUCUGCCUGUUUCUGAAGAAAUAUUUCAGAAACAAACUGUUUAGCGUUUUACAGACCUACCCAUUUGGAUACUGAGAACAGAACACUGUCCCCAGUACAGCUACUUGUAAAUAUCCAGUGACAGCCUUGCUGAGAGGGGAUACAGUUAUCAAAAAGCUGUUCACAGAGACAUGCCAAACUAACAUUCAACUGUCUUAAUUGGACUGCCUCACUAACUUUUUUCAGCAUUUUUUGCACUGAGCUCCUUCCUUCUCUGCGUCCCUACUGUGCUGGCAAUGUGUGUGUCCCUGCCUGUCUCGUCAGCACAGUUUUGGGGCACCCUCUCCUGCCUCAGAGACUCCUGUAGUAACAGCACCCCCUGUGGUACAAGGACUGACCUGCGGGGGUAGGAGCAAGGAGGAGGCGGAGGAGGGGGGUGGAGAUUCGUGUCCCUGAUUGGGUCAGGAAUGGGGAGGAAGGAGACCAAUCCAGUACCAGAGCUAGGCUGCCCAUCUGCAGCUGGUCAGGGUUGGGAAGGAGGAGAUUUUGAGGAAAUGAAGGAGGGCAAGUCUCAUUCUGGACAGGUGCGAUUCCAGGAGGCGAGUAGGGAAGGAGGGGAAACAUCUCUGGGGUUGUCACCACAGCGAUGGGGCUCCCUAACCUUUCCACUGGCACCCGGCCUGCGGAAUGUAGCAAUCCAGACCUCGCCCAGCCUAAAAGCGCAGUAUCCUUCCUUUAGAAGGAGGAGACGAGCUGAGUUACCCCCUCCCACACAGGCAAGCCAAUCAGGGCAGUUUGCAGGAAUGGGGCCAGUCAGCAGGAGGAGCAGCAUCCGGACAUCGUGUAAUACAGGGGCUGUGGACCCCAAGGAAAAAGUGCAAGGGAUUUCGAGUGAUUUCAAAGGAAUUGCUGGCAACCAAAAUAGAGUGAGAGGUGUUUCUAGUCAUGUUAAAGAGUGUGUGGCCUCUCAGGUCAGAAUGGGUGUGGUUAUUCAAAGAGACGGGUUUAAAGCAGUCACCAAAAAGACAGCAACAGCACCCCCUACAAACGGUUCACAACUGUGCCAGCCCAAAUUGGCAGAGUCUUUGCAGAAAGUUGACAGUGCCCAUAGGGUCUGCCUUGAACCUGUUGUCAUACACGCUAUAGCCAGCCAGUCAGGUCAGAGUCAGAGAGGACUUUCUUUUAAACACAGCCGGACUCAGAACUGCAACACUGAUGAACACAGAGCCGCCUCCCACAGGUGUGAGGAGUGUACUGGAGAUCCAAGCUCAACACAGCAGCAGAAGCCUUCAAUGGCCCUUUCCUCCCUGCUCCAGCAUAGCAAAUGCCAAGGUUCUGGUCUUCCAGGUUGGAAGGGCACCUGUCCCAGGAGAAGGGAGGGCGCUUCGGGCCAUGGACAGGACCAAGACUCCUCUGCUCCACACUGCCACGUAGAGGUCCCGCAGCAUGGGCCCGGAACUGCGGCCCUGAACACUCCCCCUUCUCCCUUGGCUAACGGGGGUCCUGCAGCGUUGGAGGGCAGGCUGCACACCGUGGAGGAGUGCCUCCACUCCAACCAGGAGAAGAUCAAAGUGCUCCUCAAUGUCAUCCAGGACUUGGAGAGGAGCAAGGCACUCAGCGAGGGACGGCGUUCCUACCGAACAGGCCAGGACCUCAAUAACUGUACCACCUGUCAGAAAACAGCCUGCAUCGUUUACAGUGUGGAGCAUGACUUCAGGCAACAAGAGUGUGGAUUUCAGGGGGUAAUGCAAUCACUGGAAAAGUCACUGGAAAAGGAGGCAGAGAGUCCCCCAAAACCGCCACCCCUAAAAACAGAGCCAGCCAGACCACCGCAGCCCACUGUGGGGCACAGAGCCAAGAGCAAGUCUAAAAAACUGCAGAAGAAAUGCUUCUGGUGGCUGUAGACACUCUGCCUCUGCUUCGGAGGCACCCCAUCACAGAGCAAUCAUCUUCCAACUAUACAUUCAUUCUUCUUCUUUUAACUGUAUCAGUCAAAGAAGGCAACUUUGGUCCUUCCAGUCCACGUUCUUUGUUCCAACAAUGUCUUUAAUUAUUAAACUGAAAACAAUUAAACUUCUAGCUAAGUUUCAGUUCACCGCACCCAUAAGAGCAAGAUGAGAUAUGUCACUGGUGGAAAGCCAACACUGUUGACUUGUGCUUUAUAGAGUCAUUCAUAGUCAAACAAACAAAGACAUUUUUUGUUCUCUUUACAAGCUAAUACAGAUUUUAAUUUAUUUGUUUUAAAUGUUUAACCCCUCCCCCAGUAUAUUAUAGAGCAAUGCGUUUAAUGUUUUUAAUUCCAAUUUGUUAUAAAGCAAAGCACAAGGCUUUAUACAUGUUCAAGAUAAAUGUAUUGUGGCUCCUCCCUUGCUAUUGAUGUCAUCCAAUCCUGUUCCUGAAACUGUCAAAGAGGGGGGUGGCUUCCACCAGAGCAGUUUGCAUUAUUCAUGAGUGGGCUUAAUGUCCUGCAGCACCCUGCAGUGAUAUGUUUAUUACAAGUGCAGUGACAUAUAAAUUGUAACUACAUUAUAACUGUAAUUACAUUGUAAUUCGUGCCACUUAUUUUUUAUAUGUCUACAAACAAAACAAAAUGGUUGAAUAUUUUUCUAGGUGAUUUAGUGAUAAGAUUUUCACUGUAAUUCUUAACUUUUUUGGAACUGUUUGUUAUUAAAAGAAAAAAGGAUAAUA